AUGGACAUGACAUCAACCUGGAGAUCCCAGGGCAUGGCGUCUUCUGAUGAAGAAGGGGAAAUUGUUCCUCAUUCUGUUACGAAUUUCCAUUUCGUUAACGACAAGAAUGAGCCAAUUUCGUUCUCUGUGUUACCAGUUAAGUGGAGUGAUGAUGAAGAGAUGACUGAGUGUUUCUCUCAAGACAAGAUAUUCUUACUGGGCACAGAUGAUACUGGUCUGCAGAAGGUAUACAAGCAGGUAGUUGCCUGGAAAUUUGACCUGUCCUACGUGCUGCCUGAGAUAUACGUGCUCUCUAAAGAUCAAAAGUGGAUAAAGCUGGAUAAACCAAGGAAAAGUUAUGAAGAAAUCAUCAAAUCGAUUCUAGUCACAAUCCACUUUCUGCAUUGUGUUAAAAGAAAUCCAAGGGAGUGCCAAGAUACUGCCAUUUGGUAUCAAUUACUGAAAGCCAGGACUUUUGAGGUUCCACCUUGUGAGAAGGACCUUUCUGGCCAUAUGGAAUUGAUUAAUGAAGCCAGGAUGAGGGACAAAGAUAUUGCAGAAUCUGAGUACAUGGCAAGUGUAGUUUCCAAGGUGUAUGAUAAUUUACAAGCUGCCAAUGAGGACUCACGAGCUCCGAAGAAAUUGAAAUUUGUUGUUGAUGACAUUUAUGAAGAUGAUUGCAAUGAGUGUGAUAGCAAGGCUGAUGAAGGCUUAGAGGAAUAUUUUGAUUCAGUCUGUGCCCUUUGUGACGAUGGUGGUGAAAUAUUGUGUUGUGAGGGAAGAUGCAUAAGAUCCUUCCAUCCAACCGUUAAAUCUGGUAUUGAAUCCAAUUGUCAAUCUCUUGGUUACAGUCUGGAACAAGCAAAGGCGAUUCCGACUUUCCUGUGCCAGAAUUGCAGAUAUCAGAUGCACCAGUGUUUUGGUUGUGGUAAAUUAGGUUCUUCCAACAAAUCAGUUAGUGCAGAUGUAUUCCCUUGUGUUUCCGCAACUUGCGGUCACUUCUAUCAUCCACAGUGUGUUUCAAAACUUCUUUUUCCAAGUGACGAAGAAAAGGUGGAAGAGCUUCGGAGUAAAAUUGCUGUAGGAGAUUCAUUUACUUGUCCCAUGCAUAAGUGCCUCGUAUGUAAGCAAGUCGAAAACAAGAAGGUUUAUGAAUUGCAGUUUGCAAUUUGCAGACGAUGCCCUAAGGCAUACCACCGCAAAUGUUUACCCAGAACAAUAAGUUUUAUAAGAGAUCAAGAAAAUAAUAUUCAGCGCCGGGCUUGGGAAGGUCUUUUGCGGGAUCGUAUCUUGAUUUAUUGCAUGGACCACGAAAUCAUUUCUGAGCUUGAAACUGCUAGAAGAGAUCAUCUACUUUUCCCUGGCAAUGUUACGAAGCAGCAGUAUUUAUUAGGGUCAGGAUCUUCAGAAGUAUCGGUUAGAGAUGUAAAGAGAAGUAAGAAACUUGGGUCUCUUGAACUUGAAGAAAGACCUGCAAUAAAAGUGACUAGAUCACUGAAGGAACUUUACGACAGCAGUAUAGCUGGUGUUUCUGGAAGCAAUGUUGCAACGGGUAUUCCGAAAAGGAAAAGGGGUCGCCCUCCCAAGUCUUCCCUGGUUACCCAGAUGUCUGUCGAUGAAUUGAAGCACUCAACUCUGGGGGAAAAAGAGUCAUCUCAUAACAUCGUUCAUUCAAACUCAAAGAGAGUGGAAUUUCCUUCUGGCAAAGAUAACAGUGCGCUCACAAAGAAGUCUUCAAUCAAGAGGACAUGCAGUGUUCAGCCUUCUGAAAAUUCUGAGAUCCAAAACAGAGUACUUGCGAUCAUAGAAAGUACUAAUGCGUCGUUUGAUCAAGAACAAUUCGUAAAGGAGAAAAAAGAGAAAUCUAGAAUAAAUUCAUACUGCUCCAACUUCAAUGUGGAUAAGUCCAUUACCAUGGGGAAGGUGGAGUGCGCGGUGAAGGCAAUUCGAGCUGCCUUAAGAAAAUUAGAAGAUGGAGGCACAAUAGAGGAUGCUAAAGCAGUCUGUGAGCCAGAAAUUCUUGAUCAGCUAAUGCGAUGGAAGAGGAAGCUCCGGGUAUAUCUUGCUCCUUUUUACCAUGGUAUGCGCUACACAUCUUUUGGCCGCCACUUCACCAAAUUUGAAAAGCUAAAGGAGGUAGUUGAAAAACUGCAAUGGUAUGUGAAAGAUGGAGACAUGAUAGUCGACUUCUGUUGUGGAUCGAAUGAUUUCAGUUGCUUGAUGAAAGAAGCUCUGGACAAAAUGGGCAGGCAGUGCUCAUUCAAAAACUAUGACCUUAUACAACCCAAGAAUACUUUCAAUUUUGAGAAAAGGGAUUGGAUGACUGUCCAAACUGGAGAACUACCCGCGGGACGUUCACUGAUAAUGGGGCUGAAUCCUCCUUUUGGUGUCCAUGCUGCUCUUGCCAACAGAUUUAUCGAGAAGGCACUUCGAUUCCGCCCUAAGCUUCUGAUUCUCAUUGUUCCAAGAGAAACUGAAAGACUCGAUAGCAAGAAGUUCCCUUAUGAUUUAAUAUGGGAAGAUGCUGAACUACUUUCUGGAAAGUCAUUUUACCUUCCUGGGGUGUUGGAUGGGCAUGCUCGGCAAGUGGAACAAUGGAAUGUGGAGCCACCUCCAUUAUAUCUUUGGAGUCACCCUGAAUGGACUGAUCGUCACAGAUCUAUAGCUCAAGUACAUGGCCACAUACGGAAGGCAGAAAAUAUGCCAGUUUACCAACAGUCCAGAAGACAUUAUCUUCAAGCCGAGCAUGACGGUGUUGACAUGGAAUUUUCCCCGGUCACUCGCAACAGCAUUUUGGCAAUGCAUUUGGUGUUACCUAAUGUAUAUACCUAUGGGGAACCUGAAAAAGUAAAAAAAACACAGACAAAAAUAAUACUCCAUUUCCACCGGCCGGCACUCCAGCUCCGCAUGCCGGAUGGUUCACGUUCUUUGCUUCCGUUUUCAGUUAAAUUUUUCAUGGAAAUGGCAUCCUCAGAUGAAGAGGGGGAAAUUGUUCCUGAUUCCGUUACCAAUUUCCAUUUUGUUAAUGACAAGGAUGAGCCAAUUUCGUUCUCUGUGUUGCCAGUGAAGUGGGGUGACGAUGAACAGAUGACUGAGGCUUUCUGUCAAGAGAAGACAUUAUUCUUAAUCUUACAAGGAGUAGAUGAUUCUGGUUUCCAGAACAUAUGUAAGAAGGUUAUUGCCUGGAAAUUUGAGCUGUCAUAUCUCCUGCCUGAGAUAUACGUGCUCACUCAAGAUCAAAAGUGGAUAAAGCUGGAUAAACCACGGAAAAGAUAUGAAGAAACAAUCAAAUCAGUUCUAGUUACAAUCCACUUUCUGCAUUAUGUCAAAAGAAAUCCAGAGGAACACCAAGAUACUGUCAUUUGGACUUUUGAGGUUCCACCUUCUGAGAAUGACCUUUCUGACCAUAUGGGAUUGAUUAAUGAAGCCAGAUUGAGGGACAAAGAAAUUGCAGAAUCUGAGAGUUUGAAACAGUACAUGGAAACCAUUGUCUCCAAGGUGAAUGGUAAUACACAAGAUUCCAACGAGGAUUCACCAGCACUGAAGUUAAAAUUUUCUGUUGAUGAAACUGAAGAAGAUGAUUGCAAUGAGUAUGGUAGUGAUGCGGAUGAAUGCUUAGAGGAACCUUUUUAUUCUGUCUGUGCAUAUUGCGAUGAUGGUGGUCAACUAUUGUGCGCUCCGCUUGCUAGGGAGAACUUAAUAUUUACUGCAGUUUGUUCCCUAUCACAGGAUUAUGGUGGUGACGGUGUUGAUUACAGUCAUCAUUUCGAUACUAACAUAAGAUUCACAACUAUUGAAGCCGCUGUGCUAUGGGCGAAAAAGACUGCAAUAUCUCUUAAAUUCACAGUGGUUAAGGCGUCGAAGACAGAUGAGACUAAGAAAUUAUUACGAAGUCGAAAGUGUGUUCCCUCUAGAGAUACAAAGAAUCGAGUGCGAGAAACAAAAGCGCAGUAUUGUGGAUGCUCGUUCCGGCUUCUAGCCCAAAUUCGCCCAGGCGAAUCUAUUUUUGGGAUUCGUUCAUGUCUCGGUCGUAAUGGUACGCAUAACCACCAGUUUGGCAGCUUCGAGGAGGGACAGAUGCAGAUGAGCGGCCUUAGUGAUAAAUCGAAGGCGAUCGUUGACGAGUUGACUGCCAUUAAUGUAACACUGUCUGCAAUGCUGCGGGCGAUUCAGCAGAAAUUCCCGGAUGAGCACGUUGUGAUCAAACAGACAUACAACUACAAGAGUAGGAUGCAGGUGGAAAAGAGGAAGUGUAAAACGUUGGUGGAUCACUUCUUUGAGAUUACUCACCAACACAAGUAUAUGAUUAUUAUGGCUAAUGAAAAAGAAGAGCAUACGAUUUUUACAGAGCUUUCCCUUAAGGCAUUCAACAGGAGGCCUGAAUUUUUGAGCCGCGUCAAUGAGUUUCUACACCAUGAGCUGGAAGAAGAGGAACACCAUGAGCAGAAGAGUUUCGAGGAACAAGAGCAACACCAUGAUCAGAUGAGUUUCGAGGAACCUACAGUGAAAACAAGUGUUAAAGGGCGCCCGAAAGUGAAUAUCCCGCGGAAACGGUGUUAUUGGGAGAAGUAUACUAUUGGUUCAGGGAGAUCGUGCAUGAGCACAUCCUUGCCUAUAUACGAUGAUAGUCAUACAGAUGCAGUUGCAGAUGCAGAUGCUGAUACAGAUGCAGCUCCAAGUCCCCUAGCCCUAAGACGAAUAACAUUGCUUCGUCUACCUGGAGGUGAAUGUGGAGGUGAAUGUGGUGGUGAAUAUGGAGGUGAAUGUGGAGUGAACUGGAAUGAUGAUGAAGAAAUGACUGAUACAGCUUUCUGUCAAGAGAAGACAUUAUUCUUACAGGGGACAGAUGAUUCUGGUCUCCAGAGGAUCUAUAAGAAAGUCAUUGCCUGGAAAUUUGAGCUGUCAUAUGUUCUGCCUGAGAUAUACGUUCUGUCCAAAGAUCGAAAAUGGAUGAAACUAGGGGAAUAUCAUAUCAUUCUGAAAUUAAUUAUAAUCAUGGUUUCCAUCAUAUGCAGGAGUUUUGAGUUCCCACCUUCUCAGAAGGACCUUUCCGACCACAUUGGAUUGAUCAAUGAAGCCAGGCAGAGGGACAAAGAUAUUGCGGAAUCCGAGUACCUGGUUUCCAUUGUAUCCAAGGUUCAUGGUGAAACACAAGCUGACAAUGAGGCGAUUCAGACUUUCCUAUGUAAGAAUUGCCGAUAUCAGAUGCACCAAUGUUUUCCUUGCGGGCAAUUAGGUUCUUCCGACAAAUCUAGUGACGCAGAACAAUCUGCUCUUCUUGCCGGUUCUUCUGCAUGCAUGGCAUAUGAACCGUCUUCUCCUGGAUUCGAUCCUGUGACCUGCUGUUUCAAGCCACCAGAUAUACAUUUUGACGCCAUAUCAGCCAAGCAGCAAAGUCAACAUAGACUAGAAUCCUCUAUAGCUCCUGCUUGUAUAAAUAAUCACUGUCCUUUUAUGCAAUACGAGGAAAGUGAGUCGGUUGUAGCUUAG